CAUUAAAACACGUGUCCAAUACCUGAAAAUCAAAACAAAGUCACACAGAACACCACCGCACCCGUCGUCGACCUACCAGCCUUAUCGCCGCAGUUGAUCCGUGCCGCCGUUCCUCCACCGUCGUCAAUCAGCCACCUUCCGACAACCUACAGCUUGUUUGCUUUCAUUUUGUUGAAUACAAUUGAAAAGUUUUCUUUCACAGAUUCAAUCAAAACCCACACAUCUCCAUCUCAAGAGCCUCUGAAUCAUCCAUUGUUUAUUUUUGUAACUAAACUAACAGGAGCAGUACUCUACUCUGAAUAGUGAAUCACAGUGAUUGGAAAGAUGAACCAGAAUCAGCAGCCUCAGCAAACAAGUUCAAGCGAAGGAAGAUCAUCGGCAGAUGAUGAUUCUGCACUCUCCGAUUUCCUAUCUUCGUUAACUGAUUAUACUCCCACCAUACCUGAUGAGUUGGUACAGCAUUACUUGGCAAAGAGUGGCUUUCAAUGUCCUGAUGUUCGAUUGACUAGGUUAGUAGCUGUUGCCACUCAGAAAUUUGUUGCAGAAGUUGCAGGCGAUGCUCUCCAGCACUGCAAAGCAAGGCAAGCAUCAAUUCCGAAAGACAAAAGGGACAGGCAACAGAAGGAUAGGCGCCUAGUUUUGACAAUGGAAGAUCUAUCUAAGGCACUGCGUGAGUAUGGUGUGAAUUUAAGGCACCAAGAAUAUUUUGCCGACAACCCUUCUACUGGAAUGGACCCUGCCACUCGAGAUGAAUGAGUAUUUCCUUGUUUAAACUUCUGUUGAGACUUCUACAUUCUCAUGUGUAGAGUGUUAUAGUUGUUUUGAGUGCAACUAAUGGAAUGAUUUUAAUGAUGUCCCAACUAUAGCAGUGUCUUCUACAAGCUGCCUAAGCACUGCAAUUUUACUUGUCUUUGUCAAAAAGAAAAAAAAGAAAAAUGUAAUGCACUUGGCUUUGAAAUUUCAAUUAAUAUUGGACCAAAAAAGUGUAUCGCACUCCUUGAGUUGGAAAUUUAAGGGUUUAUCUAAAGACAAGCUUGAGAUGUUA